GACUCAAGUCUUAAAAAAGUCAUCAACAAAUUCUUUUUAAUCGCCCGCUUUUCCUUGGCACUCUCUUUCUCUCUCCACCUUCCUCUGCUGCCGCUCACUCUCUGCUACGAUUCUCGAAUUCGUCUUCCUUCCAUCUUCGUAGCUUCGACUUCGAGUGAGCUUUCAACUAUCUCUGCUUCUCUACUACAAUGAAUUGCUCAAUUUCCGGCGAAGUACCGGAAGAGCCGGUUGUUUCCAAGCAAUCUGGACUUCUUUUUGAGAAGCGACUCAUCGAACGUCACGUUUCGGAUUAUGGAAAAUGUCCGGUUACCGGAGAGCCAUUGACCAUGGACGACAUUGUUCCUGUUAAAGCUGGAAAGAUUGUGAAGCCUAGACCCGUUCAGGGUGCUAGUAUUCCUGGAAUGAUUGGCAUGUUCCAAAUUGAAUGGGAUAGUUUGAUGCUUUCCAAUUUUACUCUGGAGCAACAAUUACAUACUGCCAGGCAAGAGUUGAGCCAUGCUCUCUACCAGCAUGAUGCUGCUUGCCGUGUAAUUGCAAGGCUAAAGAAGGAAAGAGACGAGGCAAGAUCGCUUUUGGCUCAAGCAGAUGAGAGGCUCAGGCCUAUGUUAGGGGCAACAGGCAAUGCAGUACAUCAACCUGCAUUGAGCAAUGGGAAAAGAGUUUCUGAGGAAGAGACUCUGGGCCCUGAUGGAAAGAAAGCCCGGAUGGGAAUUUCUGCUGAUACUAUCGCUGAACUGACUGAUUGCAACUUAGAACUUUCACAGCAGCGUAAAAAGAGAACGAUACCUUCUACCUUGGCUUCUAUUGAGGAUCUGGAGCGCUACACACAGAUCUCUAGCUAUCCCCUUCACAAAACUAACAAACCUGGCAUUCUAUCUGUUGAUAUCCAAUAUUCCAAGGAUAUCAUUGCGACUGGAGGGAUUGAUACAAAUGCUGUUGUCUUUGAUCGACCUUCUGGACAGAUUGUAUCUACACUAAGUGGUCAUUCAAAGAAGGUUACCAGCAUUAAGAUUGUUCCACAGGAUGAAAGUUUAGUUAUAACCGGAUCUGCAGAUAAGACUGUAAGAUUAUGGCAAGGAUCAGAUGAUGGUAAUUAUGAUUGCAGGCAUGUUCUAAAAGAUCACACAGCGGAGGUGCAAGCCGUUACCGUUCAUGCAACUAACAAAUACUUUGUAACUGCUUCCCUUGAUAACUCAUGGUGCUUCUACGAUCUUUCAAGCGGUCUUUGUCUCACACAGGUGACAGACUCUUCAGGGUCUGAGGGAUAUACAUCUGCAGCUUUUCAUCCGGAUGGUCUCAUCCUUGGAACAGGAACAACAGAUGCUCUUGUCAAGAUUUGGGAUGUUAAAACUCAGACUAAUGUUGCCAAAUUUGACGGGCACACAGGUCCUGUUACAGCCAUGUCUUUCUCUGAAAAUGGAUACUUCCUUGCGACUGCAGCUCAUGAUGGUGUAAAACUUUGGGAUCUGCGUAAAUUGAAGAAUUUCCGAUCCUUUGCCUCUCCUGAUCCAGACACACCAACUAACUAUGUUGAUUUCGACCAUAGCGGGAGUUAUCUUGCAGUUGCUAGUUCAGAUAUAAGAGUAUACCAAGUUGCAAGUGUCAAGUUAGAAUGGAAUCUUAUCAAGACCUUACCUGAUUUGUCCGGCACAGGCAAAGCUACUUGUGCGAAAUUUGGUCCAGAUGCAAAAUACAUAGCAGUAGGAUCAUCGGAUAGAAACCUUCGAAUAUUUGGCUUGCCAGGGAGUGAUGGUGCGCCUGAAUCUUAAGAUGCGGACGAAGUAAAAUGUCUCUUGUGGUAGCAAAUGUGGUUGCGUCCAGUUUAGGGGGCACGAGCGACCCCCGGUCCUGACAUAGACCUGGAGCCAUAUAUUCAUUUCUUACCUUCUGGUGCUCGAAAGUUCAAAGUGAAGUUCAACCAAUGGUUGUUUUACAGUUUCAUGUCAAUUCAUGUAAAAGCGGUAGAGAGGUAUUUUUUAAAUGCCAUGUAUUCUAAAACAUUAGUAUAGGUGUAUCUGAUGACCCGAGGUAUCAGAAUUUUUUUGCAUAUUGCGAUGAAUUUUGAGCUUAGUGUUUUCUAAAGUUGUUUGUCAUAGUUUGACUAUGCUUUGGGAAUUCAAUGAGAAAAUGAAGGUCUAAAUUUCUAAUCUAAA